CUCCGCCCCCAUCGCUGGUGCAGGAGCGGGCAACGUUGGGUAUAAAUACUGGGGGCAUCCGGCAGGCAGUCAGCGUCCUCAACACCAACGUUAGACAUGAAGCUGGUAAUUCUUGCCUGCCUGGCCGCCAUGGCCGCCGCCGCCCCCCAGCUCCAGGACACCCCACCUGUGGCCAUCCUCCGCGACGACCGUCAGGACUCCGGCGACGGUAACUUCAACUACGCCUUCGAGGCCGAGAACGGCAUCUCCGUGGAAGCCUCCGGCACCCCUGGCUCAAAGGGUCAGAGCAACAUCCAGGGCGUGUUCAGAUUCACUCUUCCCGACGGCACCAUCGCUGAGGUCCGCUACAUCGCCGACGAGAACGGCUACCAGCCACAGUCUGACCUGAUCCCCACGCCCCACCCGCUACCCGCCCACGCCCUCGAGCAGAUCCGCUUCGCCGAAGAGCAGCGCGCCCGAGGCAUCGUCUAUGACGAUAAUGGAUUCAUCGUGAAUAGAAAGUAAACUCAUUUGGAGAUCCCUCCGCUGUUAACGACGUCGAUAACCACGCCAAACUCCCGCUGCUGGCCACCUCCCGCGCAUCCUUCAACCCACACCCCUCUCACCCAACGGCUCAACAUCUCCCUUUCCUCAACCCUCAUUUCACAGUUUGUCAUGCUCUCCCUUCCCCCCCUUCCUCCUUCGUCCACACGUCAACUAACAAACUCGAUUCCAUGAGGAACGUCACCGCUAACGCCUCCAUCAGUGAUGCUGAAGGAGACUGCUGGAUUUUCCAUGACUGAUCAACGCUCAGAACAUUGCCAGUACACCGGUGCUCUCGUUAUAGUCACGGAAUGACGACCAAAAAACACACCUGUAGAAACGACUACGUUUCGAUCCGUCCUAAACCGAUCCGUUCUGGAGCACGAUCCGUACUCCAGGACGGUGAACCGAAACGUCGUCGUUUCUUCAUCUUCGAGUGUGUGGCUUGGUCAUCCUAUCUUUAGUCCCGGAUUACUACUACGACAGUGAUGUGCAUCACUGUUAAUAUUUGUAAUAAAAUACACGAAUUUGAA